GCUAGCUAGACUGGUCUCCACUGCCGUAAUGGCAGAAACAGAAUCAUUUACGAUUGUCAUAGAAGGAGGAGCACCUUGGGGCUUUCGCCUGCAAGGAGGAAGAGAGUUUCGGUCUCCAUUGCGGAUAGCGGGGCUAACACCGGGAGGGAAAGCUAGCAAAAGCGGUUUGCUAGUGGGCGAUUAUAUACGAAGCGUGAAUAGUAUUGAGUGCGAUGGAUUGCGGCACAAUGAAGCGCAGAAACUGGUCAAAUCUGCUGGCAGAGUGCUCAACAUUUCCAUCUCCAGGGGCUCUGGACCUCCGCCAUCUCCAAGAGAGCCGUUGACACCGAUGCGAACUACAACGUUUCCUAUUCCACUGCCGGUUCAUUCAGUUGAGGUUAAUUUUAAUUCACUGUUGUAGUAUGACUACUCU